GGCGCGGGGGCUGGUGUUUGCCAGUGGGAUGCAGCCAGAGGUCAUGUGACCGGAAGGGUUCCUGACGGACGCCGUCCCUCCUCGGCGCCGCCUGAGCGCCCGGCCCGACCCCGGCCAUGGGGUGCUGCUACAGCAGCGAGAACGAGGACUCGGACCAGGACCGAGAGGAGCGGAAGCUGCUGCUGGACCCUAGCAGCCCCCCUACCAAAGCCCUAAAUGGAGCUGAGCCCAACUACCACAGCCUGCCUUCUGCACGCACAGAUGAGCAGGCCCUGCUCUCCUCCAUCCUUGCCAAGACAGCCAGCAACAUCAUCGAUGUGUCUGCUGCAGACUCCCAGGGCAUGGAACAGCAUGAGUACAUGGACCGAGCAAGGCAGUACAGCACUCGCUUGGCUGUGCUUAGCAGCAGCCUGACCCAUUGGAAAAAGCUGCCGCCGCUGCCAUCUCUCACCAGCCAGCCCCACCAAGUGCUGGCCAGCGAACCCAUCCCCUUCUCUGACUUGCAGCAGGUCUCCAGGAUAGCUGCUUAUGCCUACAGUGCACUUUCUCAGAUCCGUGUGGACGCGAAAGAGGAGCUGGUUGUACAGUUUGGGAUCCCAUGAAGAGAAGGGUCCUCGGACAGCUCUUACUCUUCUUUCUUCACCUCGUCUCCACCCCACCUCCCCUGUCUCCCAGCCUCACUGCAGCACAUACAGUACCCUAACCUGCUACUAAUCACAGAAAAGAAUGUGGAGGAGGAGGAGAGUGAGGCUAGAGGUCAGAAUAAGUGAGGAUGGAGCAAGGAAGGGUAGAACUGUUUGAAACUGGCCUUCAAAACCCUGGCUGGGGUGGGUUGGGGCUGAAAAGGAUGUGGCCUGGUGGGUCUUCACAGUCAUUGGGAAGGGGAGGUACCACUGUGGGGGUGAUCACCGGAGGGUCUCAGGGGGCCCCUUCCCACCCCUUCUCUGGCUCUCAGAUUCACUCCUGUCCCCCUCUCCCUGACUUGGUGCUUACAUGCACCUCAGUAGGGUUUGUGACCCGGGUCUGGACAAGCUUGAAUUUGAAUGAAUUGAGUUUGUAUUUCUAGCGUCCUGGGUUUUUACAUGUUUGGUCUUUUUUCUUUUUGUUUUGGUUUAUCACCCUCGAUAAAGGAAGUGUAUUCAUC